AUGUCGACUCUCACGGAGGCUAGUUUGCUUGUCUCACAAAAUGCUAACGAGCAAGAACUUUUAGAGGAUGAAUCCCUUUUAGAGGAGGAAUUCUUUCAAGUAAUUGACGAACUUCAAAAGUUUGGUAUUAACGCUGCGGAUAUCAAUAAACUUAAAUCCAACGGCGUUUCAACUGUUCAGGGCGUAUUAAUGCAGACAACCAAAUUUCUUUGCGGUAUAAAAGGCCUUUCUGAGGCAAAAGUUGAAAAGAUAAGAGAAGCCGCCAAAAAAAUAAAGGAUGUACAGUUUAUUACUGCUCUUGAGUUUUCUCAUCGCCGACGAACAGUACUUCAUAUGACCACUGGAAGCUCCGAGCUUGACAAACUUUUACAAGGAGGUUUUGAAACUCAGCAGAUCUCCGAAAUUUUUGGGGAAUUCAGAACCGGAAAAACCCAACUUUGCCACACGCUUUGCGUGACUUGUCAGCUUCCUCUGUCUGAUGGUGGCGCCGCAGGAAAAGUGGCCUAUAUUGACACUGAAGGGACUUUUCGGCCAGAUAGACUAGUUAGUAUUGCAAGAAGGUUCAAUCUCGAUGCGGAUAUUGUACUGGAAAACACAAUGUUUGCGAGAGCAUAUACAAGCGAUCAUCAACUGGAACUCAUAACUUUGUGCGCUGCAAAAUUUGCGGAGGACCGGGGAUUGUUUAAACUACUGAUCAUCGAUUCUAUAAUUGCCCUUUUAAGAGUGGAUUACAGCGGCCGAGGAGAAUUGGCUGACAGGCAACAAAAACUGGCGAGAAUGCUUUCAUACUUGACUAAAAUUGCAGAGCAAUUUAAUGUUGCUGUGGUUAUAACCAAUCAGAUGACCGCCGAUCCCGGCGCAGGCAUGAGCUUCGUAGCCGACCCGAAAAAGCCAGUAGGAGGUCACGUGCUCUCACAUGCUUCACAUUUGAGGCUUUCAUUGCGAAAAGGUCGAGGAGAUAACCGCAUCUGCAAAAUAUACGAUAGUCCGAACUUACCUGAAAGCGAGGGCAUGUUUUCUAUAUCAGAGGGAGGAAUAUGUGAUCCUACUCAGUAAAAGUUGCUUACUAA